UUAAGGAAAACGCCAUGUUACUAAUCCUUAACACAGCAGCUAGAUAAGGAAGGAAGGCGACAGUAGCACUUAACUAUCAACAUAAUUCACGUAGCAGGGGUCAGAAGACACGCAAACUAGCUCACUUUAAACCGGUUAGCGCUUUAAACCGGUUAGCGCUAACGCUAGCUAGCUGGGACUUCCUUGCUGCCAGCCGGACCAGAUAUUUGCUCUCACGUGAAGUCUGCAAGUGACGCGUGAGAACCACUCUCCGGUGAGAGGAGCACAUUUUUCUUCCUAAACGCAUUUUUUCAGCAUUCUGUCCAUGCUGGAUAAAGCUGGCAUUUACCAGAAUGAACAGACUCGAGCUGGAGCGGUGACGUUACGCAGGGAACGUGACGGUGGGCGGAUCUCAGGCAGCCAGUAGCGGACUAGGAGGUCUCCGUCGGCGUUUUAGCCAGACGGGCUAGCGAUGACGGAUCGGAUUUCUCCUGCCGGGGUCAGGAUUGUGAGCCACCAGAAAUGAUUUUAUGGAGACCACCCUACAAGGCCUGAGCUGAUUUGUCAGCCUUGUGUAGGUUUUGGUUUUCACCCCCCAAGUGUCCUCUGGAUAUCAGCUGACCAUGGUGGUCUGAGCAGGUGAGAAGCCUGGCACAGCGUGUGUUCACUCUUAACACAGCGAGGCUCGACCAAGAGAGGAGCAGAGACGGACCGGCGCGACCAAAAGCAAAACGCAUCUUGAAAGGCAACAUGUCUCAGAACAGAGAACUGGUGGUCUUCUACAUAAACUAUAAACUCUCCCAGAGGAACUAUCCCCUCAACCACAUGGGGCUCUCACAGCCUCCCAACAGGACUGACGGGGGGGAAGCAGGUUCGGGUGAGGAACAGCAGGUAGCGACGCACGCCAACGGGGCUUUCAAUGGCACGAGUCCCGGGACCCCGCCGGCGUCCCCGCUACGACAUCAACGGUUGCCGUCGACGACGAGCCUGGACGCGGUGAAGGAGGCCCUCCGGGACUCGGCCAACGAGUUCGAGCUGCGAUACGCUCGGGCCUUCAGCGAUCUGCACAACCAGCUGCACAUCACGCCGGCCACGGCCUACCAGAGCUUCGAGAACGUGAUGGACGAGGUGUUCCGGGACGGGGUCAACUGGGGCCGCAUCGUGGGCCUCUUCGCCUUCGGCGGGGCGCUGUGCGUGGAGUGCAUGGAGAAGGAGAUGAGUCCGCUGGUGGGCCGCAUCAUCGAGUGGAUGACGGUCUACCUGGACAACCACAUUCAGCCCUGGAUCCAGAACCAGGGAGGAUGGGAGCGCUUCGCCGAGAUCUUCGGGCAGGACGCGGCGGCGGAGAGCAGGAGGUCUCAGGAGAGCUUCAAGAAGUGGCUGCUGGCAGGGGUGACGCUGGUGACCGGCGUCGUGGUGGGCUCGCUCAUCGCCCAGAAACGCCUGUGAGAGGGGGAGGUGCUCGCCGGGCCUCCCUCUCCAUCCGCCGCCCUCAACCCACGCUUACCACAGAAGUUAAAAUGAAGGUCUCGU